CUUUCUCAUCUCUAAAGUGGUCAAAUUUGACAAAUCGAUGAAAGUAAAACCCUAAACCCUCUCCACCCAUGGGAAGAAGACGAUGGAGGCCCUCCUUAACCCUAGCCAAUGCUUCUUCCCCUAUCUCCCACCUUCUCGUUUCAACGCAGAGACCGUUUGGUUCCUCCGCAGCCGCCGUCGCUGUCUCCUCCGAAUCCUUACCCACCCCGAGUCCCACCUCCCAUCUUCUCUCCGAGGUCUCCUCCAUCCUUACUCGCCGCAGCUGGCACCGGAGCCUCGUUUUAAGAAAAUUGGCUUCAUCUCUCACCGGCCAGCAUGUCGCCGAGCUUCUCCAAGGCCUCACCGGCGACCUAAAUAAAGCCCUAGCAUUCUUCCAAUGGAUUGGCAUCAGGCCGGACUAUAGCCAUACCGUUGAAUCCUACGAAGCCCUCUUCAGAAUUCUCUUAAAAUCCAAAUUUUCAAUCAACCUGUACAAGUUGGUAAUCUCCAUGCUCAAAUCAUCCGCCUCCUCGGAAGAUGCGCGCAGGGCUUUUUCGGUAAUCAAAGAGCUGAGACGUUCAGUGAGCGGACGGCAUGGUUUUGGUGUUAAAUUCGAGCCGUCGCUCUGGAUUUAUAAUCUUCUGCUGAAAUCCAUGGCGAGCUUCAGAUUGAUGAGUGAGGUGAAAGAACUGUUUCGGCUGAUGCUCAAAGAUGGGAUUUUUCCAAAUAAUUUUACUUAUAACACCAUCAUCAAAGCUUAUUGCGAUGAAGGAAAUCUUGCAGAGGUGAAGAAGUAUAUUAAAAAUUUAUCGGAUGCUGGAUUGAACCCAGAUUCUUUUACUUACAAUUCUCUAAUAUUGGGGCUUUGUAGGGAUAAUGAUUUGGAAAUGGCUUGCUGGGUCUUACUGAUGAUGCCAGAAAUGGGAUGCAGGAGGAAUGUAUAUUCUUAUUCAAUUAUAAUUCAAGGUCUCUGUGAGGCCCAUCGGAUCAAGGAAGCCUUCUUCUUCUUCUCCAAGAUGAAAGAUGACCGUUGUCCCCCAAACUUACACACUUACUCAAUGCUCAUUAAUGGGCUCUGCAAGGAAGGAAAGCUUGCGGUUGCAGAGAAAUUAUUGAAAGAGAUUUUGAAGCAGGAUUUCCUUCCUAACACGGUGACAUAUAACACUUUGAUUGAUGGGUACUGCAAGGCUCAAAAGAUUGAUUCGGCUUUCAAAGUUAAAGAAUUGAUGGAAUCAAAUGGAUGCAAAGCAGAUGAUUAUACUCAUUCAAUCUUGAUCAGUUCUCUCUGUAAGGAGAAUAAGCUCGUUGAUGCAGAAUCCAUGCUUGAAACAGCCAUUAAGAACGGUUUGAAGUUCAAUGCAUUCCCAUAUACUUGCUUGAUUGAUGGAUAUUCUAAAAGGAGAAAAUUUAUCGAUGCUAUUCGUGCUCUAAAUCUUAUGAAAUUUAAUAAUUGCAAGCCUGAUAUUUAUGUUUAUUCUUCUCUAAUCAAUUGUUUGUGUAAGGAGAAUAGACUUGAUGAUGCUAGGAUGAUGUUGAAUACAGUUCUUAGUGAAGGGCUCGUUCCAACUGUUGUUACUUUCAGUCCCUUGAUUGGUGGGUUUUGUAAUAAAGGAAAUAUAAAUGCUGCACUUGAAAUUGUAGAGCUGAUGGAGUCAAAUGGGUGCAAAACAAACUCUUGGAUUUAUAAUUUGUUGAUGCAAGCAUUUUGUCAAAGGAGAAAUGUGCAAAAGGCGAUGGCUUUGCUACGCAAAAUGCAAAAUGAUGGGUUAUCUCCUAAUAUUGUUACAUAUACGGUACUAACUCAAGGACAGUGCGAUGAAGAUGAGAUCGAGAGUGCCUUUAUGCUGGUUAAAUCGAUGGAGUUUAAUGGUUUCAUUCCUGAUGAGCAUAUAUAUUCGAUUCUAAUAGAUUCGUUAUGCAAGCAUGGGAGAACUGAGGAAGCUAUUUUACUCUUUCACUCUUUGAAUGGUAAAGGUGUAAGAACGAAUGAAGUGAUCUAUAGUGCGCUUAUAGAUGGGUUAUGUAAAGGUGGAAUGAUCGAUAUGUCUCUUUCUCUUUUCGACAAAAUGAUUUUUGAGAACUGCUUGCCCGACACAUACACGUACAGCUCUUUGAUAGAUGGUUUGUGUAAAGCGAAUAAACUGAACGAAGCAUUGUCGUUAGUCGGAGAUAUGUUGAAGAGGGGGAUAGAGCUUUCAACCACAACAUAUACAAUUCUUAUUGAUAAUAGAUUGAAAGAAGGGGACUAUGAAGGUGCCAAGAGACUGUUGGAUGAAAUGUGUUAUUUGGGUUAUAAGCCUAAUGCUGUGACAUAUACCAUGUUUAUUCGUGCCUAUUGCGGCGAAGGAAGGAUGGAGGAGGUGGAAAAUGUCUUUUCUGAAAUGAGAAAAGCAGCAGUUUUACCUGACUUGAUUACAUACACCACCUUGAUGGAUGGUUAUGGAAAUUUAGGAUUUACGGAUCGAGUUUUUUGUUUGCUGAAAGAAAUG